AUGGAACUUCCACAUUUGGGAAAAAAUUGUAGCUUUCCUAGUUGUAACCAGCUAGAUUUUUUGCCAUUUCAGUGUGAUGGAUGUGGGCAGACAUUUUGUCUACAGCACAGGUCCCGAGACCAGCACACAUGUAUUGUGGAACCUGAACGUAUACCAACCUCGCAUGCUUCGGAGAAAUAUUCUUGUUCUGUUCCAUACUGUGAAAAAGAAGAACUUGCACAAAUUGUCUGCCAUCAUUGUGGGUUGAAUGUGUGCCUCAGCCAUCGCUUGCAGGAAGAUCACAACUGUAUAAAGUUGCCACCAAAGCGACCCAAUGUCUCGAAAACCUCAGAACAUGUACAGCAACUUUUAGCUCAGAAGGAGAUCAAACCUAGGACUAAGCCAACAAACCCCAAGGCAAUUCAAAUGGCAGCAAAGGUGGCCCUCAUGAAGCUGAAAGGAAAGGCUGUUGGAGAUCAAGGCAUCCCUCAAGAUGAGCGGGUCUACUUCAACGUUGUAUUGCCUCUGGAGUCAAAGAAAUCAAGUCUACCAUUGUUCUUUUCCAAGGUUUGGACGAUCGGUAAAAUUGUUGAUGUCAUAGCAGAGAGAGCUUCCCUGCCUAAUAGCAACAAUACAGGGGCCGUACAGAAGCUGCGGUUAUUCCAUGGGGAUCUUGGCACCAAACUUCCGACUGACCGUCAGCUAAGUGAGUUAAUGGCUGAUGGACAGCUCUGCCUCCACAACGGUUCAAUGCUGGUUCUAGAAAGUGUAUCUGAUAACGUUGAUAUGUUAAAAAACUUUCAAGCUUACAAAGUUUAA